CUUUUCACCUCAAGAACGCGUUUUGCGCUUCAGAGACUGAAAGAGUCGUGGAAGCUCUUGUGCCAGAUCUGUCUGCGUGCGCGAGGCUGAAUUGUCAUGUUUAAGGCGCGUAAUACUCGCCAGGCUCGUGCCGGCAGCACAUAGCAGUGUCACGAAGCUAGGGGGGAGAGCCCGUUAAUGGAUAUUGACGACUGGAGAACACUCUUAUUCCAGUUCAUUAUAUGAGGUGCUGACAACCAGAGAGCGUAAGCGGUAACUUAUCUAACAGUCUUUACCCUCUUUUAUGGGGUAAAUUCAGUAUGUUUUUCAAGAGUUGUUCGUAAUGGGCUGGCAUUUCUAUCGCUCUGCAUCCGCGUUUUCGCGGUGCGGGGAACGAGGCGGUUAAUGGCGCAAAAAUCGUUUAUAGUAGUUAAAAGGAAUUUAAUUACUUGAUAUUUUGAGGAGGAUUCUUCGCUUUAGUCACUAACACCGACUUGCUUGCACAACUGGAUUCUAAAAAUGACUUUUGAAAGAUUUUUCUUCGUGUUUACUUUACCGGGAUUGAUGUUUUCGGACCCCGGCCAUCCAAACCAAGUGGUUCUCUUGGACACUACAGCUGUGCUGGGAGAACUAAGCUGGAAGACCUACCCAGUAAAUGGGUGGGAUGCCAUCACAGAGAUGGAUGAGCAUAACCGGCCCAUCCACACUUUCCAGGUGUGCCACGUAAUGGAACCCAACCAGAACAACUGGCUCCGUACCAACUGGAUAUCCCGUCAGGCUGCACAGAAGAUCUACGUGGAGCUUCGCUUCACCCUGCGGGACUGCAACAGUAUCCCCUGGGUCUCUGGCACCUGUAAGGAGACUUUUAACCUCCUCUACUUUGAGACAGAUGAGCCGCAUGGUGCCACAGCUCAUUUUCAUCCCAACGACUAUGCCAAAAUUGAUACCAUUGCCGCCGAUGAAAGUUUCACACAGACAGACUUGGGUGAUCGUGUUCUAAGGCUCAAUACCGAGGUGCGGGAAGUGGGACCAAUAGCUCGAAAGGGUUUCUACUUGGCCUUCCAGGAUGUGGGUGCAUGUAUAGCCCUUGUGUCCGUGAGAGUUUAUUACAAAAAGUGCCCAUCCACCCUGAGAAAUCUAGCCGCCUUCCCGGACACUGUACCACGGGUGGACACCUCGUCUUUGGUGGAGGUCAGGGGGGCAUGUGUUGAGAACGCUGAGGAACGGGACACACCCAAGCUGUACUGUGGAGCUGAUGGUGAUUGGCUGGUGCCACUGGGGCGUUGUGUCUGCAGCAUAGGCUAUGAAGAGAGUGAUGGCCUAUGUCUUGCCUGCAGAUCCGGGUUCUAUAAAGCCUUUGCAGGAAACAUCAAAUGUUCAAAGUGUCCACCUCACAGUUCCAGCCACACUGAGGGUUCGGCACUGUGUCACUGCGAGAAAGGCUACUACAGAGCCAGCAAGGAUCCUACUACCAUGGCUUGCACACGACCGCCCUCCCCUCCUAGAAACUUGGUCUUUAACAUCAAUGAGACCGCCCUAUUUCUGGAGUGGACUCCGCCCAGUGACACAGGUGGUCGGAAGGAUAUAACCUAUAAUGUCUUAUGUCUCCAAUGCGGAGCUGACGGGCAGCCCUGCGAACCAUGCAACAGUAACAUGCGCUUCAUACCAAGACCUUUGGGCCUCACUAGCACCUCUGUGGUGGUCCAGGACUUUGUGGCACAUGCCAACUACACAUUUCAGAUCGAGGCUCUGAAUGGUGUGUCAGGGAUGGGCAGAUCCAUUAGACAGCGGGCCAAUAUCACCGUCAGCACCGAGCAGGCUGGUCCGUCUCUAGUAGGUGUGGUGAGAAAAGACUGGGCAUCUCAAACUAGUAUCGCCCUCUCUUGGCAGGAAACCGAACAACCACAUGCUGCUAUCAUGGAUUAUGAGAUCAAAUAUUAUGAAAAGGAACAGGAACAGUUAAGUUACUCCUCUACACGCACUAAGUCUCCAAGUGUGAUAGUCACAGGACUAAAGCCCUCCACGGUUUACGUGUUCAACGUGCGUGCCCGCACCCUCGCUGGCUACAGCAGUUACAGUCCAAAGUUUGAGUUUGCUACAGGAGAUGAGAACUCUGAGGAAGCAGCUGAUCAGGGCCAGGUGUUGGUGAUUGUUACAGCCACAGUGGGGGGCUUCUCUCUUCUCAUCAUUCUCACCCUCUUCCUUCUCAUCACUGGCAGGUGUCAGUGGUACAUCAAAUCUAAGAUAAAGUCAGAAGACAAAAAAAGAACACAUUAUCAAAACGGACAUGUGCCAUUCCCAGGAAUAAAAACUUACAUUGACCCGGAUACUUACGAGGACCCCUCACAGGCCGUUCAUGAGUUUGCCAAGGAAAUCGAUCCUUCUCGUAUUCGAAUCGAAAGGGUCAUUGGAGCAGGUGAGUUUGGGGAGGUUUGCAGUGGGCGUCUCCGUAUACAAGGAAAAAAAGAAAUUCCUGUGGCCAUAAAGACUCUGAAGGGAGGAUACACAGAGCGUCAGAGACGGGACUUCCUGCGAGAGGCGAGCAUCAUGGGACAGUUUGAUAACCCUAACAUCAUCAGGCUGGAGGGGGUGGUCACUAAAAGUCGGCCUGUGAUGAUAGUGGUGGAAUACAUGGAGAACGGCUCUUUGGACUCUUUUCUGAGGAAGCAUGAUGGGCACUUCACUGUGAUCCAGCUGGUUGGUAUGCUGCGUGGUAUUGCCUCAGGUAUGAUGUACCUGUCCGACAUCGGCUAUGUCCAUCGGGACCUAGCAGCCCGGAAUAUUUUGGUGGAUGACAACCUGGUGUGUAAGGUGUCGGACUUCGGUUUGUCCAGGGUGCUGGAGGACGACCCAGAGGCAGCUUACACCACCACCGGUGGUAAGAUUCCUAUCCGCUGGACAGCUCCAGAGGCAAUUGCAUAUAGGAAGUUCUCCUCAGCCAGUGAUGGUUGGAGCUACGGCAUUGUCAUGUGGGAGGUGAUGUCAUAUGGGGAGCGGCCCUACUGGGAGAUGUCUAAUCAAGAUGUAAUCCUGUCAAUAGAGGAGGGCUAUAGGCUGCCAGCACCCAUGGGCUGCCCCGUGGCUCUGCACCAGCUCAUGCUACUCUGCUGGCAGAAGGAACGCAGUCGGCGACCACAUUUUAAUGACGUGGUCAGCUUUCUAGACAAGCUGAUACGCAAUCCCAGCAGCCUGCUCACACUGGUAGAGGAUGUAAAUAGCUUCCCAGAAUCCCCUGAGGAUAUGCCAGAUUACCCUCUCUUCAUAUCCAUUGGUGAUUGGCUGGAUUCCAUUCAAAUGAGCCAAUACAAGAACAACUUCAUAGCAGCAGGGUACACCACUCUGGAUUCCAUCUCCACUAUGAGUAUUGAUGAUGUGAGAAGAAUCGGAGUGUCUCUGAUUGGCCACCAGAGAAGGAUAGUGAGCAGCAUACAGGCACUACGUUUGCAGUUUCUCCAUGCUCAGCACAGUGGCUUCCAUACUCAGUUUCUGUCAGAAUCCCAUGAAGACUUCCAGCUGAAACACAUACACAAGAAAGCAACCUCAAAGACCUUGAAGAAAGAUGCUAAAUGUCAUUGUUUGUCUUCUUGAUGAACUGUGUGUAACAGGAAAAUUGGAUGAUUUACCCGGAGGAACCACAGUGAACUAUGGAACAAUGGCACCACUCCAUUGUUAUGAAGAUGUCAUCUGUCAAUCAUCCUGCAACUUCUGUGAUUGACUGGACUCGAAAUCUGAGAACUUUUAAUAGUAUAUUUGCUAUUUUAAUGUAUUGAAUUGAUUGUGUCUUAAGAAAUUUUUCUGGUUUAUUCAUCGAGCUUCUUCCUGAGCCUCUAUAACGAGAGACUAUGGAUCUGUUGAAUGUCUUCAGCUUUUAAUGGCUAUUAUACAUUGUUUAUCACAUCUGAUAUUUAUCCUGAUAUUUAUAUGUAUGUGUGUUAGUUUGUUUCAUUUUGAUUGUAUAUGGUUUUGCUUGUUUUUCUAAGCAAUAUGUGCAGUCUUUAGAAAACCAAGAAAAGAGUCAAGGUAGGGAGUACCACAACAACAAAAUACAACAAAACCACAGACUUCCUCAGGCUGUCAGCUAGGUGGUAAAAGUCUGACCUUUCAGAAGACUGUAAGCCAUUUUCUUAUUCCUGUGCACCACAGUCAAAUUGAACAAACUUAUAAAAAUCCACUCAGACCAAGAUUUGAGAACUGCACACAUUUGUUCAGUCUGCUAUGGUGUACAGUAUCAUAGACACCUCUGAUAUUUUAUCAGAUUGCCUUGUGACUAUGAAACUACUGUAGUGAGGAAUUGUUGAGGUAACAGUUUGCUGUAAAAUGUACUCAUAUAGAAAAUAUGAAAACAUUGCAAUCUGAAUGUUGGCAAGUAUUUAUUCCAACACAGCAGGGCCUUAAUACACACAUGAUUUCUGUAGCUGGUCAUACACAUUAGCAGUCCCUUUGGCUUCCACACAGACGUACAAAUGCACACUACUCUAUCACAUGCUCAUUAGCUGAGAAUCUGCCCCAUCCACCAAUUGGCUCUUUGUAUCUGAACACGUUCACAUGGACAUCGAGACCACAUUACAAACUUCAAGUUGCAAAGUGCAAAUGUCAUAAGUGAAAGAGAACAGAGUGCUUACUUCAAGCAGGGCAAAGGAAAACUCUGGUUAAUCAGGUCAUAAUGUAUUGUUCAUAGUAAUCUAAUUGUACAUUAUUUUUUAUAAUUUAUAAAGAGUAAAGAGAGAUAAAGGUGAUAUAGACUGAGUGUUUGUAAAAAUAAAAGAUAAUAGAUACAUUUGUGUUUUAAUGAGCCUAUUACAAACAAAAACACAGAUUUAUUUUUAUAUGGACUACAGUGUGGUUUUAUGUUAUAAAAUAUUUGGGUACAGACUAAAGGCCCCCCUUUUGUCCUUUUUAAUUUCCUCCACAAUAUAUUAAAUAGCAAUAAAAACCUCCACAGCAAUUUCCGAAACACGUUUGUUACUAUGCACAGCAAAAAAUCUUCCUGUGGCCUGUACCAUGAAGACGGUUUCGGUGGCUAACCAGGUAAGUUUUAGUUUAGUUUGCCUCAACCCCAGGUUUUAGGCACCAUGAAAGUUGGCCAGCUUUUAGCGGUGUUCAUCGCCAAAGCAAUUUACGCAAUAUGGCUAACCUGCUCCGGUUUCGUUCUGGAUUACAGAUGGCUGUAAUAGAUGCUGAAUGAAUCAGCUGUGAGUAAAAUGACAUCUCUGAUGCAAUCAAGUCAC